AUGAACGCCGUUGAUGGAUCUGAUCACUAUGAGCGGACCAUAACUGAGGAGUCCCCAUCACUUCUAACAAUCGUUCUCGACACGAAUCCACACGCCUGGGCGCUCCUCCAUGACACCCUACCUCUUUCCAAAGCCGUCGCUAAUCUUAUGGUAUUCAUAAAUGCCCAUCUAGCCUUCAACAAUGCCAACCAGGUGGCAGUUGUCGCGAGCCACAGCCAUCGUGCGGCAUGGCUCUACCCCCGCCCUCCCAAUGCGCGCGGGGCUGGAGAAGAUACAGUGAUGACCGAUGGGUAUGAUCGCAUGACCAAGGCCCCAAACGAUGCGAACAAGUACCGCCCAUUUUCUCUUAUCGAGCACGACCUUCUCACUUCCUUGCGAGAGCUCAUCGACUCGACGACUACAGAAGACGUCUCCUCCACAACCACUACUCAAAUGGCUGGGGCUCUGACCCUCGCGCUUUCAUACUCGAACAAGGCCACAGUGACUUACAACGAGUCCGGUGUCUCUUCCAGCGGCAAGUCCCAUCCCGACGGAGGUGAGAAUCCCACAGAUGAUGUCCCCCGAGGGCUCCUGUGUCGCAUUCUCGUCAUCUCAGUAUCAGGAGACUUAGCACAUCAAUACAUCCCCAUCAUGAACACCACAUUCGCGGCCCAACGACUGCGGAUCCCAAUCGAUAUUCUCAAGUUGUCAGGAGAUACUGUGUUCCUGCAACAGGCUUCCGACGCCACGAAUGGAACCUACAUGCAACUACGCAACCCUCAAGGCCUCCUUCAAUCCCUUAUGCUCGGCUUCCUUCCGGACCAGAGCGCGCGAACGCAUCUGAUAUCUCCAACACAGGAGGUAGUGGACUUCAGAGCGGCUUGCUUCUGCCACAGGAAUGUGGUGGACGUUGGGUUUGUAUGCAGCAUUUGCCUAAGCAUAUUCUGCUCGCCCCCCGAAGGCGCGAUUUGUCUUACAUGCGGCACACAUCUCGCCCUCGGCAACUACGGCGCAAAACCAGCGGUCGUGCCAAGGAAAAAGAAGAAGAAGAGGAGGGUUGUUAAUGGCACCGAGUCUGGUUCAAAUGUUGGGACACCAGUGCCCCGCGAAUAA